AUGGACUGCAAGUGCCACCUGCUUUUUGGCCGCUGCAUGCUGAAGAUCUGCUGGCAGCAGCUCGCCGACUUCCACCAAGUUGGGAACUUGCUGAAGCCGGUGAACGAGCGCUUGACGGCGCCCACGGCGAGCGAGCUGGUGCACGUGAGCGCCAGCCCCGGCUACUGCGAGCGCAACGACGCCAGCGGCAUCCCCGGCGCGGUGGGGCGGCGGUGCAACGUCACCUCCGAGGGCAAGGAGGCAUGCUCCGUCAUCACGUGCUGUGACAGAGGAUACGACAUCUCACAAGUCACGGUGGAGAAGCAGUGCGGCUGCCAGGAGCAACUCCACUGGAACGUCGAUUGCAAGCUGUGCCCAUCGACCGUCGAUCAAUUCUUGUGCAAGUAG